GAUGGAACGAAUGGAAGCCACGAAUUCAGGAAAGAAGCCGGAUCUACAAGUUUUGUUAAAGCUUGACACAGUGGAAAAUGAAAUAGUACUUGCUGAGGUUUCACGAUUACUGCCUCAACAAGAUAAAGAAAUUAUCGACUGGAAAAAAUUGGUACGUAUUUGCAAAGAUUGUUUUGAUGAACGAUAUAACGUUUUUUUUGAUGGGAGGGAUGAUACUACCGAUAUAGCCAGAUCGAUAAAUGUCAAGUUAGGGAAAGUUCCUGUUUUAGGUAUCCAAGUAAUACGAGAUCGUGUGAUCGUUUCUGCGUUAGACUUAUUUGAAGAUGAUUUUUAUCGGGUUUUCCGAAUAUGUGAGUUGGUUAUACCAUUACAAAAAAUUAUUGCAAUGUCUGUUGAUGUGAAGGACGAAAUUAGUCUUUUGCCGGUAACUGAAGAUCGGACUCCAUCAACAUCAAUGAU